CUCUCCAUACAGUAUUAUGCUGAGGGGAUGCCAUACUUGUUCCAGCGAGGGACGCAGGAGAGGGAGAAGGAGGUGUUAGGAAAGCAAGAACUCACCCUUUCUACGUGCAAAGGAUGCUACAUGCACAUGGUGGAUGCAUCAAUCUAGUAAAAAUGCAACAGACACCACAACAUCAACCACAACCAAAGCCCAGGUCAAACCCAGAUGUCAAAGUUCGAGGAGGACCCUGCUCACCUGUCUAAAUCUAGACUGAGGUCAGAUUUAGUCGCCCACAACGUUGCACUGCCACCUGCUAAGAGCAAAAAGGAAGUUUAUGUGGAGCUGUACUUGAAACACAUCGACCAGAAAAACACAGCGGAUUUUUCUAGCGACGAGGAGGAUCGAGGGCAUGUCUGACAAGGAGGAGGAUCCAGAUGAUGCAGAGAUUCCUGACCCCAGUGGAUUGACUGAUGAUGACCUCAGGGCUGCACUUGUUCAACAUGGGAUUAAAGCUGGGCCCGUAGUUGCCUCCACCAGGGCCUUAUAUGAAACGAAACUCAGGAAAUUGCUUCAGGCUGAUGGACUUGGCUGCAUGAAUGGAGAAGAGAAAGGCGUAAUUUACUCUGACAGUGAAGAAGAAGAAGAAGAAGAAGAAGAAGAAGAAGGUUCUGCAGGAGCAAAAGAAGAAGCUGUUGAACAGUCAGACCAAACCCAACAAAGUAGCCAGAAUUGUGGUUUUGUUUACCCGCAGUGCUUUUUACCCUCAUCAAGGCUGCGUGCUUCUAGAAACAAGAAAACUUCUCCCAACUGGAAUUCAGAGAAUGCUUUGAAAUCUUCAGUGGAUUCGUGUCGGUCUCAGUGCUCAAAGAUUCCAGUAGGAAUUAGUAGAGCAUCCUCUGUAGAUCAGCGGUCAGGAUUAGGUCCUGUGGUUCCGUCUGGAUCACAGUCAGCUUUGCCAAAUGGUUGCUCAUCUUUUUCCUCUCAGGCCUUCAGCAUCACUCAAAUGGUUGAGGAGAUGGAGAGUCGGCGGUCGCUCUCUGCUAGCACAGAUACUGAGAGAGAGCUGAAUAAGAGCAAUGUCAAGGAAUAUUGGUUGCAGUCCAACAGGCUGGACAUUGUGGACAAGCACACCAUGAAGAGUCAGUCCUUGUACUACACUCCCGAGGCCUCGCCUUAUGAACGUGGAUUGAAGAUUCCUCUGGAGCCUGUGAAAGCUAUUUUAAAGGAUCUGUUUCCCGACUGUCACACCACACCCACAGGGAUCUACGCCACACGUCGGAGACCCAUCAAGGGUGCAGCAGGUCGACCGAUCGAGUAUGCGUACCCAGACACUCCUGUCAGCCCCACAACCCUGGAGAGACGAGAGGUGGAGCGCCGCCUUGUGCCCAUCCAUAUACAGAUUAUAGUCUUCCUGGCUGUGGUGGUUCUCCUAUACCUCAUUAACUUUUGUUCUGAGGACAGCUCAUUCAGUCCAUUGGUGGCCUUGCUGGACAGUCUGAACCAGGGGUCAGACAGCGAGGAUGGGCUCUUGCUUCAAGAUGAGACUCAAGACACACCAGUGCUGUAACUGGAUUUUUUAAAAACCCUCUCAUCUGUAAAGACUUACAGAUGGGAAAGUUUUUUGAUGAUCCAAGCCCUAAUGACCAUGUCAUGGGAUAUUUUCAGGGAGCACAUGUUGCCUUAAUCACUGUUUUUGUUGAUGGUGUGUGUGUGUGUGUUUAUAUGGGUGCAAAUGGUCCAUCUUUUAAAUAUUUUGCAUAUGGAUGUGUUAGCAAAGUGCAUCCGUACCUGUAGUUGAAACAAUCGCUAAAACACACAUUUAGUUGAGCUUUUUAAAGGACAGGAUUUUCAUUCAUUUAAAAAUAAGUCUGAGAACACUGUAUCUUUUCUUUCUAUUUACACACCCAAAUUGUUAUUUGAUGAUGCCUUUUGACUUAAUUAGUGGUACUGUAUUUGUAUAAUGUUAUUUUUUAAAUACUGAAACCGUAUUUCAAUAAAGGACGUUUUGCUUCAUA